AUUCAAGCUGCGGACCUAUACCAGGCCUUGGAGGCAAGUGCCAGAUUUUAAUGAGUAGGAGAGGACACGGCAGCUGCCCAAAAACAUGAAUGGAGCUCUGCAGAUCUUGGUGAUUGUAUCAAAUAUUCAAAUCAGAACUUUGAAAGCGGCAGAGGAAAUUUGUAACUCAACUGCAAGAAAUAUAUGUAAAUCUCAAAAGCUAUGAAAAUGUUAAGCCCAAAGAGCCCACGAUCGAGCAGUUUAAUAGAACAGAAUUGUAAAGCAAAGUAAUUGAAAACAAAGAGCAGAGACUAGAGAGCAAUCAGAGAAUUGUUGUAAUGGAAGAGAAUGAAGAAAGCAGAGGAGUACAGCAAGAAGAAGCAAGCAGCGAGCAAGAGAUAUGGAGUUGGGGGGCAGGAGCGGACGGGCAGCUGGGCACGGGAAGGCUACAGGACGAGCACCUCCCUUAACUGUUUCACCUCCCUACUCUCUCCUCUGCCGCCGGACCCAUCUCCUUCCUCGCCUGCGGCGGCGCUCACCUUCUCGCCUUGACCUCAGGUGGGAAGGUGCUGACGUGGGGAAGGGGCACAUCCGGUCGACUAGGUCAUGGUGAUGUGGUCAACAGCCCAGAUCCCAUGCUUGUUAUGUCUUUGAACAAUUUCUUCAUUACUCAUGGUUCAGCUGGUUGGAACCACUCCAGUUUCGUUUCAGAUGCAGGGGAUCUUUUCACAUGUGGAGAUGGCUCAUUUGGUCAGCUCGGGCAUGGUGAUCUCCAGUCACAAUGCCGUCCUGUCAAAGUCUCCUUCUUUGUUGAUAAGCGUGUGGAGCAAAUAGAAUGCGGAAUGCGCCAUUCGCUUGUUCUGCUGAAAGGUGUUUCAGGAGAUGAAGUUUAUGGGUUUGGUUCUGGAAAGCGUGAUCAACUGGGUAUCAUAGUGCAGCAUUAUCUGCUGAGGGGCAUUUGUACACUUGGGGAAGAGGGUUUGGUGGCACUUUUAGCACUCACUGCUCACAGCGUUUACCUAAGUUGUUCUCAUUUACCAGAGUUGCUGUCCGAUGGAAUCAUGCUUUAGUAUUAGCUUGUAUGUACAUUGAUUUCAUGUUUUAACUAGUUCUGUGUAUUCAUAUCUGUGGUGAAAAGAUGUCGUGUUUUUAAAUAGCUGCCCUGCCUCGGAUACAUCGUAAACAGGUGCAGAAAUUCUUAUGCUUGGUGGAAAUCACCAUGGAGUUCUUAGUAAUCCUGAAAAAAUGACUCCAGUAAAGCACUUAGCAGGUCAAGGCAUUUCAUCGUACAGAUCUGAAAAGUACACUGGAUAUUUCUGAAUCAAACGAAGUUGUCGUUGAGAAAAUCCCCGGUCUCGGUGAGAGUAGAAGUGUGCAGAUUGCAGCUGGAGCCGAGCACUCUGCUAUUAUGGCAGAGGAUGGAGUGAUUAAGACAUGGGGUUGGGGUGAAAAUGGUCAGCUUGGCUUGGGAAAUACAGAUGCCAAACGAGUCCUCAAGAAGUGAGUUUCUGCCACAAAUUUCGGGAAGAAGCCGACACAAUCAAGAUUUACUGUGGCAGCGGGUUCACAGUUGCCAUAAGAACUUCGUGUCGCCGUUCUCAGACUGAUUAACCACCUAUUUACCUGAGCUUUACCUAGUUCAUGCUGUGUAAAUAUAUAAGUUAUACAAGGUCGUGUUUUUUGGACUGAAA